AUGGUGUGGUUUCAAUGCGAGGAUUGCGGCGAGAACUUGAAGAAACCCAAGCUAUCAAAUCGCUUUAGAAUUUGUUCUGCUUCCAAGCUAUCGUGCAUUGAUUGUGGCGUGAUUUUUGAGCAGCAAACCGUUCAGGGUCGUGCGCAAUGCAUCACUGAGGCAGAGAAAUAUGGUCCUAAGGGGCAAGUAAAAACACCAAAUGGUUCAAAUGCAAAACCCAACAAGCGAACAAAGGAAAACCCAAUAUUAAUAAGGUUAUCUCAACGUCCUCCUUGGUUUUGUUGUCUUUGCAAUACCAAGGCUAUCAGCCAGCAAACAUUGCUUCUUCAUGCUGAAGGAAAGAAGCAUAGGGCAAAGGCUCGGGCUUUUCAUGCUAAACAACAACCUGAACAGAUGGAAGCGUCUGCUCUAGAUACCAAGGCUUUAACCGAAAAUAAAGUGAAUAUUGAAUCGCUGGAGAAUAAACCUAAAGGAGAGGCCAAACCGCAGGAUCUGCCCAAAGAUGGCCAUGUCCAAAUAAACUCAGAAGCAUCAAAUGGAGAUAUACCAUCGAAUAAGAAGAGAAAGCUAGAUGUGCCUGUGAGGGAUAUUACCGAGAUACAGAGUGUGGAUGAUAGCUCAGGCAAAGCCUGCAAUGUUGUGAGAGAAGAUAAAGCAGCAUUUAUCACUGACAAAGAAGAUAACAAAAGAAAGAUAAUGUGGAAGAAGUUAAUUAAGGCAGCCUUGAAAUCUGGGUCGGAAACUAAGUAG